AAGGCGCAAUUUUGAAUUUUCUAAAAUAGCAUAUUUACAGUCGAGAAAUUAAUUCAUGCUGAACAUAACAUUGGGAACACACAUAAUCGCAUUAUAAAUAAAUAUACGAAUACGACGUGAAUCUAGCUGAAUAAUAAUAAAAAUAAUGGGUGAUUCUAACUUAGCUGAUUUACGAAAACAAUGUCUUAGUAGUUUAUAUUCGUGCACGGAAAAUAUAUCAAAAUAUUUAGAUGCUGAAAGAAGUAGUGAAUAUGAAAAAAUGAAAUUAUACGUGAAAGAAUAUUGUUUGAUGGAAGCACAAGAAGAUGUAGCGGCACAAGCAUUAGAAAAAGCCAAGGGAGAAAUUAAUGCUUCAAAUGUAGACAGCCUGAAUACAAACUUUGAAUCAAACUUACGUAGUAUGGCAAAGAACAAUUUAACGGUUGAUAGACAUCCAUAUAUGUUGAAAUUUAAGAAAUUAGUUGAAAAAGAAAUGAAAAGUACCAGAAGUAACUUAGACGAUUCAGACAUAGCAAUAACUGCAUCUCAAACAACAUAUAAUGACCCUUUUACAAAAAAAGCAAUAGAAGAUCCAGUAAAAAACUCACUGUGUGGACAUAUUUAUGAAAAAGAAGUGAUAAUGAACAUCAUACAAAAGAAAAAGAAGGGAAUCAAAUGCCCAGUUGCCGGUUGUGGUAACAAGAACUUGAUACAGACAAAACACUUGGUAUCCGAUGAUGAGCUAAAAUUUAGAAUGACACUGACUCAUCAUUCCACAAUGGUACAGGAACGCUCUAUUAUGGAAUUAAAUGAUUAAGCACAAAAACAAACAAAAAAUGUUACAAGAUCUGGUUGAGUAGUAGUAGUUAAAAACAGUGAAAUCAGCCUGUUACUAAGUAAUAAUAGGUCAAAUAUUUAAUUGAUGUUCACUACCAUAAUCCAAAAUGUAUAAAAAGUUUAAAAUUCAUAAAUAUAUACCUUGAUAUACAGGUCGCUGGCAAGACAACUCGUUACGGGUGUUUUAUU